UCAUGACGUCAUGUUCCAUUUAACGGCCACAAUCACAGAAUAUUCUAUUCUAAAUGACUCCCCGCAGGGGCUGACAGCUCCCGCCUCCUUGAAAGCACCGGAUAGGAGGUUGAUCCAUCUAGAGCACUGUUCUGAGUGAAGAUAAGAAUCCGUGCAUGGAGAGGCAGGCACCAGCACGAACAGCCACACUUCUAGAAGAUUCUAGCCAGUGCACAACGCGGCUGUAGUGGAAUAGGAAUGAACGGGCGAAGGACCCGGGGUCACGAGACCGUUGGGUGGGCGGAGCCAGCGGCCGGGGAGGUUCUAGUCUGUUCUGCCUCUCAGCAGCCGCCCCCUUUACGCGGUCACGCUGAGCUAGCCCGGGCUUGGGAUCGGGCCGCAGCCUCUGCCGCGCCCGUCGCCUACUGCUGCCUCCCGCCGCCUCCGGACUAUGGACCCCCGCAAAGUGAGCGAGCUUCGAGCCUUUGUGAAAAUGUGCAAGCAGGACCCAAGCGUUCUGCACACCGAGGAAAUGCGCUUCCUGAAGGAGUGGGUGGAGAGCAUGGGGGGUAAAAUACCACCUGCUACUCAUAAAACUAAAUUGGAAGAAAAUACCAAGGAAGAAAAAACAGAUAGUAGGAAGGCGGAGGAAAACAUAAAGACAGACGAACCAUCAAGUGAGGAGAGUGAUCUAGAAAUUGACAAUGAAGGUGUGAUUGAACCAGACACUGAUGCCCCUCAAGAAAUGGGAGAUGAAAAUGUAGAGAUAACUGAGGAGAUGAUGGAUCAGGCAAAUGAUAAAAAAGUGGCUGCCAUUGAUGCCCUAAAUGAUGGUGAACUACAGAAAGCCAUUGACUUGUUCACAGAUGCCAUCAAGCUAAAUCCUCGUUUGGCCAUUCUUUAUGCCAAGAGAGCGAGUGUCUUCAUCAAAUUACAGAAGCCAAAUGCUGCCAUCCGAGACUGUGACAGAGCUAUUGAAAUAAAUCCUGAUUCUGCUCAGCCAUACAAGUGGCGAGGGAAAGCACACAGACUUUUGGGCCAUUGGGAAGAAGCUGCCCAUGAUCUUGCCCUUGCCUGUAAGCUGGAUUAUGAUGAAGAUGCUAGUGCAAUGCUGAAAGAAGUUCAACCAAGGGCCCAGAAAAUUGCUGAACAUCGGAGAAAGUAUGAGCGAAAACGUGAAGAGCGAGAGAUCAAAGAGAGAAUAGAAAGGGUCAAGAAGGCUCGGGAAGAACAUGAGAGAGCCCAGAGGGAGGAAGAAGCCAGACGACAAUCAGGAGCUCAGUAUGGCUCUUUUCCAGGUGGCUUUCCUGGCGGAAUGCCUGGUAAUUUUCCUGGAGGAAUGCCUGGAAUGGGAGGGGGCAUGCCUGGAAUGGCAGGAAUGCCUGGGCUCAAUGAAAUUCUUAGUGAUCCAGAGGUUCUUGCAGCCAUGCAGGAUCCAGAAGUUAUGGUGGCCUUCCAGGAUGUGGCUCAGAACCCGGCAAAUAUGUCAAAAUAUCAGAGCAACCCAAAGGUUAUGAAUCUCAUCAGUAAAUUGUCGGCCAAAUUUGGAGGUCAAGCAUAAUGCCCUUCUGACAAAUAAAGCCCCUGCUGAAGAAAAAGCAACUUAGAUCACCUAAUGGAUGUCGCAAUAAUACAAACCAGUGUACCUCUGAUCUUCUCAUGAAGAAAGCUGGGGUGCUUUGAAGAUAAUCCCUACCCCUCUGCUCCAAAUGCAGCUGAAACAUUUUACAGUGGUUUGCCAUUAGGGUAUUCAUUCAGAUAAUGUUUUCUUACUAGAAAUUUAAAACUUUAAACAAUUUUUAAACCUUAAAAAUAUUUAAAACAAGGGGGUGUGUUAAUCCCUACAUUUUUCUUUACUAAUCAUUUUGGUUUUUUCCUUUGAAUUAGUUAGGCAAGGAAGAUACUUCAGUAUGGAAGAUUUAUUGUUCAAGUUUGAGUGAAAUAAAGAUUUAUUAGUGGGAAGCAAAUGUAACAUUUAAAUAGAUAAAGUUUGAGUUGGAUAUAUGGUCACUGAGGCAUUUUGAUUUGUCUUUUUAAUUGCUUUAUUAUUAUUAUUUUUAAUGAUUUGCUUCCAUGAAACUAUUGGGACCACCAGUCUUGCAGUAGGACCUGGGUAGGGACUGGAAGUACUUGGCAGGGCAGCAGUAAUCUUACUACAUUUUAUAUAAUGUGUACCCUUGUGCAGAUUAACUUAAAUCUUACACUGUGGUGAAAGGAUGAUUUUUAUACUGCUGCAGUAAAAUUGGAUUACUUCGCUCUGUUCUUGUCUGAUAUCUAAAAUAAAUGUUUCACAUUUCCACACAGGGGAAAUAAGGGAAUACUUUUCUUUUUGUAUUUCUAUGUUUAAAAUGUUCUUU